UGCUGACCAUGCCGUCUGACGCUAGGUGUGACGCAGCGAGCGUGUGUUCCUUCUUCCAAAUAGACAAGCCUGAUCAGAUGCUGCAUACUGUUAAGGCACCCACGGCGAGGAAGCUAUAGCCGGACGUUUCAAAUUGGAGAGGUGUUUUGUGGUUUAUUUUCUGUGUACAUCCACCCUGCACUGUACGACCCUACAAGAGUUGGAUUCUCAGCACCAAACUGACAUUCCCUUGAAGACGGAUUGGCCCCGAGUUCACAUCUGACUCAUCAUCUCUGGGACCCUUUCUCUUCCGUUUUUUCGCCUAACAACACUGGUUUGGAGAGGCAGGAGAGCCGUGCGCUGCUUUAGAGACUGCGAUGCACCGCUUAAGGACUUGCGCUGCGCGCUUGCGGCCACUCACGGCCUCACAGACUGUGCAAAGCGCCUCUCAGACGCGGCCAGCGGCGGCGGGGGCCCCUAGGACGUUUCAGCACAUCAGGUGCUACACAGCGCCCGUCGCUGCUGAGCCCUUCCUCAACGGGACAAGUUCGAACUAUGUUGAGGAGAUGUACUUUGCCUGGCUGGAGAACCCCAAGAGUGUCCAUAAGUCUUGGAAUAUAUUUUUCCGGAAUGCUAACGCAGGUGCGCCCCCGGGAACUGCAUACCAGAGCCCCCCUCCGCUGGGUGCGAGCCUGUCGGGACUCUCUCAGGCGCAGGCCCUGAUGGGGGCCCAGCCCAACGUGGAGAAGCUGGUGGAGGACCACCUGGCUGUCCAGUCCCUCAUUAGAGCAUACCAGGUGAGGGGUCAUUCCAUAGCCAAGCUCGACCCUCUGGGCAUCAGUUGUGUAAAUUUUGACGAUGCCGCUGUUACUCUCGGCUUAAAGGAUGUUGACCUCGCUCUCUUUAACAACCGCCUGAUUGAGCUCACCACUGGAGGGUUCUACGGCCUGGACGAGUCGGACCUGGACAAGGUGUUCCGGUUGCCCACUACCACCUUCAUAGGGGGCAGUGAGAGUGCGCUACCCCUAAGGGAGAUCAUCCGCCGCCUGGAGAUGGCAUACUGCCAGCACAUUGGCGUGGAGUUCAUGUUCAUCAACGACCUGGACCAGUGCCAGUGGAUACGGCAGAAGUUUGAGAAGCCGGGAGUCAUGCAGUUCAGCCUGGAGGAGAAGAGAACCCUGCUGGCCCGCAUGGUGCGCUCCACCAGGUUUGAGGAGUUCCUUCAGAGGAAGUGGUCAUCAGAGAAGCGUUUCGGUCUAGAGGGGUCCGAAUCCCUCAUCCCCGCCAUGAAGACCAUCAUCGACAAGUCCAGCGAGGCCGGCGUGGAGAGCGUCAUCAUGGGCAUGCCCCACAGGGGUCGUCUCAAUGUGCUGGCCAAUGUGAUCAGGAAGGAGCUGGAGCAGAUCUUCUGCCAGUUCGACUCCAAGCUGGAGGCUGCUGAUGAGGGCUCUGGAGAUGUGAAGUACCACCUGGGCAUGUACCACCGGCGCAUCAACCGUGUGACGGAACGCGACAUCACCCUCUCCCUCAUGGCCAACCCGUCUCACCUGGAGGCCGUCGACCCGGUGGUGCAGGGCAAGACCAAGGCCGAGCAGUUCUACUGCGGAGACACCGAGGGCAACCGGGUGAUGUCCCUUCUGCUUCACGGAGACGCUGCAUUUGCAGGUCAGGGCAUCGUCUACGAGACCUUCCACCUGAGCGACCUGCCCUCAUACACCACACACGGCACCAUACACGUGGUGGUCAACAACCAGAUUGGCUUCACCACUGACCCCCGUAUGGCGCGCUCCUCCCCCUACCCAACUGACGUAGCACGGGUGGUGAACGCCCCCAUUUUCCACGUGAACGCGGACGACCCUGAGGCAGUCAUGUACGUGUGCAACGUGGCCGCAGAGUGGAGGGCCACCUUCCACAAGGACGUCGUCGUAGACCUGGUGAGCUACCGGCGUAACGGGCACAAUGAGAUGGACGAGCCCAUGUUCACCCAACCCCUGAUGUACAAGCAGAUCAAGAAGCAGAAGCCCGUGCUGCAGAAAUACGCUGAGAAACUCAUCGCAGAGGGAGUCGUCACCAGGCAGGAGUACGAGGAGGAGAUUGCCAAGUAUGAUAAGAUCUGUGAGGAGGCCCAUGCUCGCUCCAAAGACGAGAAGAUCCUCCACAUCAAGCACUGGCUGGACUCCCCCUGGCCCGGUUUUUUCACCCUGGACGGCCAGCCUAAGAGUAUGAGCUGCCCCUCCACCGGUCUGACUGAGGAGGAACUCUCCCACAUCGGCAAAGUCGCUUCCUCUGUUCCUGUAGAGGACUUCACCAUCCACGGAGGUCUCACCCGUGUCCUGAAGGGCCGUGCUACGAUGGUGCAGAAUCGGACAGUGGACUGGGCCCUGGGGGAGUACAUGGCCUUCGGCUCCCUGCUCAAGGAGGGCAUCCACGUCAGACUCAGCGGACAGGACGUGGAGAGAGGCACCUUCAGCCACCGGCAUCAUGUUCUUCAUGACCAGCAUGUGGACAAGAAGAUCUGCAUUCCCAUGAACCACGUGGCCCCCAACCAGGCCCCCUACACCGUCUGCAACAGCUCACUCUCUGAGUACGGCGUGCUGGGCUUUGAGCUGGGUUUUGCCAUGGCCAGCCCUAACGCUCUGAUCCUGUGGGAGGCCCAGUUUGGGGAUUUCAACAACACGGCGCAGUGCAUCAUCGACCAGUUCAUCAGCCCGGGCCAGGCCAAGUGGGUCCGGCAGAACGGCAUCGUGCUCCUGCUCCCCCAUGGCAUGGAGGGCAUGGGUCCUGAGCACUCUUCUGCCCGGCCAGAGAGGUUCCUGCAGAUGUGCAACGAUGACCCCGACGUCUUCCCUACCAUCCCUGAGGACUUUGCUGUGCACCAGCUCUAUGACGCCAACUGGAUUGUGGUGAACUGCUCCACUCCAGCCAACUUCUUCCAUGUGCUGCGCCGCCAGAUCCUGCUGCCCUUCCGCAAGCCUCUCAUUGUUUUCACCCCUAAAUCUCUCCUGCGCCUCCCAGAGGCCAGGUCCAGCUUUGAUGACAUGAUCUCAGGUACACACUUCCAGCGGAUCAUCCUAGACCAGGGUCCCGUAUCCCAGAAUCCCUCGGGAGUGAAGCGUGUCGUCUUCUGCACAGGGAAGGUAUAUUACGAGCUUGUACGUGAGCGCAAGAACCGUGGCAUGGAGGACUCUGUUGCCAUCAUUCGCAUAGAGCAGCUCUCUCCGUUCCCCUUUGACCUGGUGAAGGCCGAGACUGAUAAGUACGCUCAGGCAGACCUGGUCUGGUGUCAGGAGGAGCACAAGAACCAGGGUUACUAUGACUACGUCAAGCCCCGGAUCCGUACCACCAUCGCCCGCUCCCGCCCUGUCUGGUAUGCGGGCCGCGGGCCUGCUGCAGCCCCAGCGACCGGUAACAAAAAAGCCCACCUGCUGGAGCUGGAGCGCUUCCUGGACACCGCCUUCACCCUCGACGCCUUUGAUGGGCAUUCCUAGCCCCUCUACCCUCCCAGUCCCUCGGUCCUCACUCCUCCUCUACGCUGCAGUACACACACACACACACACCCCCCCCCCCCCCCCGCGGAUCCACUCCCACCUCAUACCAACCCUUUCAAACACAAUAAAAUAUAUAUAUAUACAACCUGCUAGGUGUUACUGGAGUUUCAAGGCCAGGAAGUCCAACCGGUGGCCUUACAAACAGCCCAAAGAGCAAUAACUUUCCAAAGCUAUGGAAGUAUAUCACAGCCAUCACACCACCCAGACAAACACCUCAACAAGUUCACCCAAAUGUCUAAUUCCUCACUGCAACAUCCAAAACACACACUCGUCAGAUCCUAGACAUUUCCACCCAGAGCUCUGCAGCACUGUGGGAUCUGUAGUCUUAAACGCAUACAGGAAGUUGCGUCUGGCCAUGUUUUUGACCUCAUGACCUCCUGCUCUCAAUUCCUCUUCAUUUAUUCCCUUAUUUUUUUUAUUAAAAGAAUUAUUAUUGCUAUUUAUGUUAUAACUGUAUACUCCUACAAGCACUGCAAAAAAAGGACAAAAAACAACAUUAAAGAAAAGACGAAACGCUAUUUUUGCAAUUUUAGGGGGAUACCGCAUCAGACGCACACUUAAGUCCUCCGUCGGGGGGCAUGGCUUAUCUAUGAGUUGACCGGUUUUACGAGGAACUUAAGAGGAAUGUAUGUAACAAUAAACCCUUUUUUUCAAGUAAAA